AUGACUGGUUUUAUACGAUCAACAUCAAGCUUAAACUCAUCUGAAACACUUGAAAAAAGUAUUGCAAGUCUUGAUAAAAUGAAUCAACUUCGACCAGAUGAUCGAACAUUGGAAGAUCUAUUCCAAAAAACCAUUGCAACAAUGGAUUUACCACCAGAUAAAAUGAAAAUGUUACGUGAUUUUCCAGCCGAAAAGAAAUGGGAUAUUAUACGAGAUCGAGAUCAAGUUAUUGCUAAACAUCCUCCUGAAUAUUAUAUUGAUGGUUUACAAACAUAUAUUCGUGGAGCUAAUCUUGUUGAAAAAGCGUCAACUUUAAAAAAGAAGCAACCUAUCGAACUUUCAACUCAGUUGCUUUCUAGUUUAGAAAUUUCUUUACGUACAAACAAUAUUGGAUGGGUGCAUGAUUUUCUUAAUCUAACAAAUAAAGGUCUUGAUGUUUUACUUGACUAUUUAAAAACAUCAUUAGAAUUAAUGCGAGAAGUUGAAAUAUCAAAUGAAUUCAAUAUUACAUCAACAGUGAAUGGCAAUAAUCAUUAUUCAGAUGAAAAUUCAAUUACGACAUUUAAACGAACGACAUUAGGGCGAUUAGAUGCAAAACGCUUACAUCGAAAAUUAAAAAAAUAUCAAAUCGGAGAAGCUACUGAUGAUGUUCGAUUAUGUAUUAUGUGUCUGCGAGCUAUUAUGAAUAAUCAAAAUGGUUUUAAUCUUGUUAUUCAACAUCCAUCUGCUCUAAAUUGUAUAACACUCAGUUUGCAACAUAAAAAUUAUCGAUGUAAAGCAUUAAUUUUAGAACUACUGGCUGCUGUUUGUUUAGUCGAACUAGGUCAUGAUGUUGUUCUCGCAGCAUUUGAUAAUUUUAGAAUUGAAUGCCAAGAAAAACAUCGUUUUGAAAUUUUAAUGAAAUCAUUUACACAAUCAUCAGAGUUUAAUGUUGAUUAUAUGGUUGCUUGUAUGCAAUUUAUAAAUAUUGUUGUACAUUCAGUGCAAGAAAUGAAUUAUCGAGUUUACUUACAAGAAGAAUUUAAACUACUUGGUCUUGAUGAAUGUCUUAAAAAAUAUUUGGAACUUCAUAGUGAAUGUGAUCUAUUUAUAUUACAAAUUCAUGCUUUUCUUGAUAAUUAUUUCGAUGUUGGACAAUUAUUGGAAGACUCUGAAACAAAGCAACAAGCUAUAGCUAAAGUAUCUGAGUUAGAAGAGCAAUUAGGAAUUGCACAUGAACGUAUGCACGAGCUUGAACAUGGAAAUUCAAGUAAAAUUGCUGAAUUACAAAAAGCAUUAUCAUUUGCUGAGGAACAAAUGGAGAAUGCAAAAAAAGAGCGCGAUGAUAUUUCACAUACGUUAAAUUCAUUGCGACAAAGUCAACAAGACCGAGGAUCUCUAAAUGGUUCAUCAUCAUCGAUAUCAUCAGCUCCACCUGGCGCACCGACAAGUGGAUCAAAUUAUUCGAACAGCAACAUGCCAGCAAUAUCUAAUGGAGCACCUCCUCCACCUCCACCGCCCCCACCUCCAAACUUCAUUCCACCACCACCACCACCUGGACCACCUCCUCCAAUGUUCGGUAUUCUACCACCACCACCACCAGGCAUGCUGGAUCCACCACCUGGAUCAAUGACGAUAAAAAAGAAAAUUGAAACAAAAUAUAAAUUACCGAAUCUUAACUGGACAUCGUUAAAACCAGGUCAAGUUCGUGGAACUGUAUUUUCUGAACUUGAUGAUGAAAAAUAUUUCAAAUUAAUCGAUUUCGAUACAUUCGAAGAAUUAUUCAAGACAGGAUCCGGUCUUCCAGUUAAUCAAGCAACUGUUAGUCCACAUUUAAAACAAAAAUUUGUUAAAAUACCAGAAAGUUUAACAUUACUUGAUCCACAACGGCAACGAAAUUUAGCCAUUGCUCGUCGAAAACUUGAUCUUGAUGUGAAUACCAUUGUACGUGCGCUGAAUAACCUUGAUUUAAAAAUCUUGACUACUGAUACAAUUGAUAUAUUACAACAUUUUAUUCCAACAGAAUCAGAAACAAAAGCAUUUGCUUCUUAUUUAUCCGAUGGAAAAUCAAUAAUAAAUUUAUCUGACGAAGAUCGAUUUCUAUAUGGACUUUCUAAAAUAGAGCGAUUAGCACAAAAACUAAAUGUUGUGUCGUUCAUGGCUAAUUUCAAUGAUAUCAAUCAAAACUUGGUACCACAAUUGAAAGCAAUAAUAGCAGCAUCAACAACAUUAAAAAAUAGUUCAAGAUUUAAAAAACUUCUUGAGAUUGUACUUGCUUUUGGUAACUAUAUGAACAGUAGUAAACGUGGUCCAGCUUACGGAUUCAAACUAGCAAGCUUAGAAAUCUUAUCAGAUACACGAACACAUGAUAAACGUUUAACAUUACUUCAUUAUAUUGUUCAAACAGUUGAAGAACGUUUUUCUGAUGUAUCAAAAUUCGAUAUGGAACUUAAAUCUACUGAAAAAUCUGCUCAAUUAUCCUUGGAAAAUAUUCAAACUGAUGUUCAAGACCUAACACGUGGUUUAGAUAAUGCAAAAAAGGAACUUGUUAUUCGACAAACAAUGAAAAAUUCUGAAACACAUCAAUUGGAAGAUUUUAUUAAUAUUGCACAAGAUAAAAUCGAUCGAUUAAUUAAAGAUGCUAAAAUAGCCCAAGACUCAUUUAAUCAAUGUGUAGAAUAUUUUGGUGAAACACCACGCACACAAAACCCAUCAAAUUUUUUUUCUGUUUUUGUUAAAUUUCAACGAGCAUAUCAACAAGCCCGUAUUGAUAAUGAGGAACGAACACGUUUAGCUCGUGAAGCUGCUUUAUCUAUUGAUAAAUCAAUGAAUAAGCGUCCAAUUAAUAAACGUUCCCAGGAUAUUGAUCUUUUACCACUACAGGAAGAAUUGUUGAACGAAUUAAAGGGACGUAAAGAAGCUAUCAAAGAUCAUAAAUUAAUUAAGCGUGAAGCGUUAACAGACGGUACAAUUGAAACUUUGUUAGAUGAUUUGAAGAAAGCACCGUACUUACGUGCUGAUGCUGCUCGUCGAAAUCGUCGUAAAACUCAGGAAUUAAUGAAACAAAUCAGUCGUGAUGUUCUGGCCGGAGUUACCAAUGGUGCAAAUACAAAUCCCAACAAUACACCUGAUGUUCAUUUUUAA